AUGGCGGCUGGGCGGCGGGUCGUGGCGGUGACUGUGCUGGCGCUGGGCUCGGUAGUGCUGGUGCUGGCGGCCGCCGUCCUGCUCCGCACCUUCGUCCUGCGAGCCCCGGCCGGGGUCCCGCGGCUCUGGGCACGGAGCGCCGGCACCGCCGCCCUCAGCGCCGGCGAGCGGCGGGAGCUGAAGGAGGCGCUGCGAGGGGCCAUUAAAAUCCCAACUGUGUCCAGGUCUCCAGAGGAUUUGAAUACAACUGCCAUGGCAGAAUUUGGGAGUUACAUUCAGAAAGUCUUCCCGGCUGUAUUUUCUUCCAAGUUCAUCCAGCAUGAAAUUGUUGGGGAAUACAGCCACCUGUUUACAGUGCAGGGCUCUGCCCCUAACCUGCUGCCCUACAUGCUGCUGGCACACAUGGAUGUGGUGCCUGCUCCCCCCCAGGGCUGGGAUUUCCCUCCUUUCUCAGCUGCAGAGCAUGAAGGUUUCAUCUACGGACGAGGAACCCUGGAUAACAAAAACUCUGCCAUUGGCAUCCUGCAAGCUCUGGAAUUUCUGCUGAGGAGGAAUUACAGACCCCACCGCUCGUUCUAUGUUGGCAUUGGCCACGAUGAGGAGGUGUCUGGUCUGAAGGGGGCAAGGAAAAUUGCAGCUCUGCUGGAAGCCAGAGGAGUGAAACUCUCCUUCCUGCUGGAUGAGGGGAGCGCGGUGCUGGAUGGGAUCAUUGCCGGCGUGAAGAAGCCAGUGGCUAUGAUUGCUGUCACAGAAAAAGGUUCAAUGACACUGAACUUCACUGUGGAAAAAGAGCCAGGGCAUUCAUCCUUCCCUCCUAAGGAGACAAGUAUUGGUAUUCUGGCAGCAGCCAUGUCCAGGCUGGAGCAGAAUCCCUUGCGCAACCUUUUUGGCCAUGGACCAGAGCUCAUGACUAUGGAGCACCUUGCAGCAGAGUUCAAGUUUCCUCUCAACAUCAUCAUGAGCAAUUUGUGGCUGUUCUCACCUAUUGUCAGCAGAGUCCUUGCCUUGAAACCUUCCACCAAUGCCUUGAUCCGAACAACCACUGCAGUCACCCUGUUUAAUGCAGGAAUCAAGGUGAAUGUCAUCCCUUCCUCUGCCAAAGCCACGGUGAACCUGAGGAUCCACUCAGCUGAGACAGCUGCUGAGGUGCUGGAGGCAGUUAGGAACACCAUUGCUGAUGACAGAGUGAAGAUUGAUGUGGUGGAGGCCUUUGACCCCCUGCCCAUCAGCCCUUGGGAUGAGCACACAUUUGCAAUCCAUAUUUUUCAAAAAACCAUCCUGGACACUUUCCCAGAUGUUGACAGUGUAGUCCCAGGCACGUGCAUUGGAAACACGGACAGCAGACACUUCACCAAUGUCACCAAGGCCAUUUACAGGUUCAACCCCCUGCUCCUGAGCCAGGAUGAUCUCCCCAGGAUCCAUGGGUUGAAUGAAAGAAUCUCCAUUGAGAACUACGAGAAACAGGUGGAGUUCCUGUUCCAGCUGAUCAAGAACUGUGACAUCGAGACACUCCCAGAGCCCCACGCCAGCUCCCACGAGCUCUGA